AUGGAUCGUGUUAGCCUUACCGCGCUCAGCUCGAGCAGCACCGCAGUCCUGAUGGUGGGAUGCUUCCUGUUGACGCUGCUGAUGCUGCUGCCAGAGUUGAAGCAGAAAGUGAUCGCGCGUAGUGAUGUGUACCAAGCGCUCCAGCAUCUGAUUGCCGUUGUUGGACUUUCGUUCGCGGGUCCAUCGGACACGAAAGUGCUGCCAAACGGCUCCUCCAGUGACAGUGGCACUUUGCGACGCGCGCCAGGCCCAAAGAACUACCCGAUCAUCGGGGCGCUCAAAGAGCUCCACGGAUACGAAGUGCCGUAUCAGGCCUUCAGUGUAUUUGGUCAGCGAUACGGUCCGGUAACGGCGCUACGGUUGGGCUCCGUCAACGCGGUGGUCGUGAACGGAAUCGAUGCCAUCAAGGAGGUGCUGAUCAACAGGGCACAGCAUUUCGACAGCCGACCCAACUUCCGGCGCUAUCAGUUACUGUUCUCGGGCAACAAGGAAAACUCUCUUGCGUUCUGCGAUUGGUCCGAGAUGCAGAAGGUACGCCGUGACAUGCUAGUACCUCACACGUUCCCGCGAAACUUCAGCAGCCGCUUCCACGAGCUGAACGAGAUUGUGGUCGACGAGAUCGACCAGAUGAUGGGAGCUGUCGGACGCACCGAGCAGACGGCCACGGUCGAGAUCAAACCGUUGGUGCUGGGUAUUUGCGCCAAUGUGUUUGCCCAGUACUUCGGUAGCCAUCGGUUCGAAGCAAACGAUGCUCGAUUCCUGCAGCUGCUCGGCAACUUUGAUCAGAUCUUCUGGGAAGUGAACCAGGGUUACGCCGCCGACUUUCUGCCCUUCCUGCUGCCCCUGCAUCGGCAGAACCUGAAACGUAUGGAUCGUCUGGCGGAGGAAAUACGGGAGAUCAUACUGGAGACGAUCAUCGGCGAUCGGUACGAGCGGUGGGUCGAGGGCAGCGAGCCACGUGACUACGUUGACAGCUUGAUUGAUCACGUAAAGUCCAAGCGGGGCCCCGAGCUGGAGUGGGAGACGGCACUGUUCGCGCUCGAAGACAUCAUCGGCGGACACUCGGCGGUCGGCAACUUCCUGGUGAAAACUUUCGGCUACAUCGUCCAGCAUCCCGUAGUCCAGCAGCGCAUCGCGGCCGAAGCGGACGCUGUACUCGAGCGACACGGUAAACAGGUGAUCGAGCUUACCGAUCGCAGUGAAAUGCCGUACACGGAAGCGGUCAUCAUGGAGGCGUUACGGCUAAUCGCGUCACCGAUCGUGCCGCACGUCGCCAACCAGGACAGCCACAUUGGAGGUUUCCACGUCGAGAAGGACACGCUGAUCUUCCUAAACAACUACGACCUCAGCAUGUCGCCGCGCCUCUGGGACGCACCGGAAACGUUCGAACCGGAGCGCUUCCUACAGAGCGGGCGCGUGGUAAAGCCGGACUUCUUUAUGCCCUUCGGUGCCGGGCGGCGUUCCUGCAUGGGUUACCGCAUGACGCAACUGCUGAGCUUCUCGAUUCUCGCCAACCUGCUCCGAUCGUACACGAUUGCGCCGGUUGAAGGGCAGGAUUACCGCGUUCCCGUUGGCUCGCUGGCGAUGCCGGAGAAGUCGUACACAUUCAAGGUAACCGCACGCAACUAA